GUCGCACUGCUAGCAGUUCUGGUAGAAACUUUUGGGUGAGUGGACUGGCUUCUGCUACCAGAGCUACGGAUUUGAAGAAUCUGUUUAGCAAAUAUGGGAAGGUGGUAGGUGCAAAAGUGGUCACCAAUGCUCGCAGUCCUGGUGCUCGCUGUUACGGCUUUGUUACGAUGUCUACAGCUGAGGAGGCAACAAAGUGUAUUACUCACCUCCACAAAACAGAGUUACAUGGGAAAAUAAUUUCUGUAGAAAAAGCAAAAAAUGAACCUGCUGGGAAGAAGCCAAGUGAGAAAAAGGAGAAUGAAGUAAAGAAAGAAACAGACAGUGAGAGACCUGGCAGUGUUAAAAGGGAUGAGAAGUCUGACCAAAAAGAUGAUCCUAAAAAGACAGAAGACAAAGAUGAAAAGGAAAAAAAAGAUAAAGAUGAACUGAAGUCUGGUUCGUCAGAUCAACUUAAAACUAUUAAGUCAGGAAGUAAAGCAACAGAGAGAACAGUGGUAAUGGAUAAAUCCAAAGGAGAGCCCGUUAUUAGUGUGAAAACAUCGACUACAUCAAAAGACAGAAGCAUUAAGAGCCAGGAUCGCAAAUCAGAGAGCAGAGAGAGACAAGGCAUUGUGCCAUUUGACAAAAUAAAAGCACAGCGAAAAAUGAGGGAGGCAGAGCAGCGCCGCACACGUGAGCGUCGGGAGAGACAGCAACACCUGCAGACCAUCCGGGAACGACAGGAAAGGGAGAGGCUUGAGAUCGCUCGUGAGAGACUGGAAAUUGAAAGGCAGCGUCUUGAACGAGAACGGAUGGAAAGAGAAAGACUGGAAAGAGAACGAAUGCACAUAGAGCAUGAAAGGAGGAGAGAACAGGAUCGCAUUCAGCGAGAAAGAGAAGAGCUGCGACGCCAGCAUGAGCAGCUGCGCUACGAACAAGAACGUCGAUCUGCAAUGAGGAGACCAUAUGACAUUGAUGGCAGGAGAGAUGAUCCUUACUGGCCAGAGGCAAAACGCAUGACGAUGAAUGAUAGGUACCAUUCAGACUUCAGUCGCCAGGAUCGUUUCCACGACUUUGAUCACAGGGAUCGUGGCCGUUACCAAGACCAUUCAAUAGACAGGAGAGAUGGAUCAAGGACAAUGAUGGGCGACCGGGAUGGACAACACUAUCCAGAUGAGCGCCAUGGAGGACCUGACCGUCAUUCACGAGACUCUCGGGAAAGUUGGGGUAGCUAUGGAUCUGACAGAAGAAUGAGUGAAAGUAGAGGGAUACCCCCCCAGUCACGGGAUGGCCGUGACUGGGGAGAUCACAGUCGAAAGUUUGAAGGACAUCAAGAUCGUUCAUGGCAGAGCAGCGUGGAUGGAGGAAUGAUAGGACGGGAUCAUGAGAGAUGGCAAGGUGGAGGUAGAGGCAGACCUGGCCACGUGAUGCAUCGUGGAGGCAUGUCAGGGCGAGGAGGUUUCAUGCAAGGUGGCAACCAAAGUCAGAUGAUGCACGGAGGAGGAAUGCAAGAAGGAUUUGUUGGCCAGGAGAGAGCAAACAGACCUAAUGAUCCUCGUUUCAAUCGUCGCUACUGAAUGUGUUUUAAUUUUUAAUGCAAGAUGGCAACUGAAAUUAAUCUGUUACCCAGGGUUACCAUUAAUUGUAACCUACGGGCUCCUAUCUGUGUAAUUUUUUUUUAAGCUGCUGCCAUAUUACGUCAUUCAAUACAAUGUGAACUCAUCUGUUUUGUAAUGUGUUGUUCAUAUCCCAUUUGAAAUGUUUGUUAAUGAAGCAUUCCAUUUUCCAUAAAUAAACGCCAGUUUACAGUUAA